UUAAAAAUGGUUUAAAAUUUCAUUGCAAGUAAAUUGUAACAGUAUUAAAACCGUGGAAUUCUAGAGGAAAAGUCAUACUAUUUUGGACAGCGUAGUAGUAGUAGUACCUUAUGAAAUGACCCUUUAUGAAAAUUUUAUAGUAACUAUUAGGUAGGCAGUAGGCAACUAGGCACCUAUUCAACAAACUAUAAAUACAAAAAGUCGCGGGCUAGUUACUUCACUUCAAAAAGUGUAAUUUCGAUGUGCGACCUCUAAAAGGUUGUUUGGGCGGGCGCGUGGCUUGUGGAAGGGUAAAGCCUUUGGUCAGUAGCUAGUAGCAGUAGCCGCUAUCCGCCACGGCUGGCGCCGGGCAUCUCACGAAUAAAAAAAACAAGCUUAUUUAAGCUGUAUUAUUCGUACAACAUUUGUGGUGCAUCUAACUACUAGUAUUUUUACAUUAAUACGUGUGAAAUAAAUUAAAAUAUUUCUUAAAUUUUAAAGUUUUUGAGUUUUGUUUAAACGACCUUAUUAUGAGUGCGAUAUAGUUUUCAGUUACAAAAAUGUCUUUAUUGUCACAAAUUUUCACCACUGAGGUAAUUGGAGGCCUAGUUUUUGGAUUUUUGGGCCUGUACUUGUGGUUCCAGUAUAAAUACACUUAUUGGCUGAGAAAAGGAGUUAGCGGGCCCAAACCAACGUUUCCAUUCGGCAACAUUAAGGAUGUGAUACAAAGGAAGUCACAGUUUUUUCAGCCCUACAUUGACAAUUACGAUAAAUAUAAACAUUUGCCGUACGUGGGCAUGUACUCAUUUCACCGGCCAGUGCUCUCUAUCAACGACCCGGAUAUAGCGAAGCUUAUUUUGAUCAAAGAUUUUGAUCACUUUCAAGCCCAUGGAAUAUUUUCUGGUGGAGAGGGUGACCCGCUGGCCGGCCAUCUCUUCAAUAUGCACGGCGAACAAUGGAAAAUGUUGCGAUCGAAAAUGUCCCCAACCUUCACGUCAGGGAAGGUUAAGAUGAUGUAUCCAUUGGUGGAACACAUAGCUAAUGAAGCUCUAAAUUACGUCGACUUGCUAUAUUUAAAUGGGGAGUCGGUCAAUUUCACCGACCUCUACGCGAAGUAUUCCAUGGAAAUAAUUGGUAGUGUUGGAUUCGGUGUAGAGUGUAACGGAUUCAAAAAUUCUAAUUCAGAAUUCUAUCUUCGAGGACAUGAGUAUUUUGAACCACAAUCUGGCUACUGGACUUUCGUUCGUGCUUUCGCAUUUUUUAUGCCCGACUUUUUCAAGAUUUUGAAAAUCAGAAGAAUAAGUCCGAGGAUAAUAAACUUCUUCUUCAGCUUAGUAAAGGAAAGUGUGGAAUAUAGGGAAAAGCAUUCCUACAUACGUAACGACUUUUUACAAACUUUAGUAGAGUUAAAGAAUGAGCAAAAGAUGAAUGACAAAGGGGGCGCAAAAUUUUCCUUCUGUAUUGAGGAUGUAGUGGCCAACACGAUGCUAUACAUGUUCGCGGGUUAUGAGACGUCAGCUACGGCGGGACAGUUCGCGGCCUACGAGCUGGCAUGCAACCCCCACAUACAGGCCAAGGCGAGGGAGGAAGUGCGACGAGUGCUAGCCAGAUAUGACGGCCACUGCACUUAUGAGGCGCAGAAUGAAAUGGUUUAUUUAAACAUGGUGAUUGAUGAAACAAUGCGGUUGCAUCCACCAAUGCGUGCUUUAUUUCGAAGAUGCACGAAAUCCUACAAAAUGCCUAAUAGCGAUUUGGUAAUAGACAAAGGGACACUUUUGUUUGUGCCUAAUCAAGCGAUACAAAUGAAUCCGGAAAUAUUUCCCGAGCCGCAGAAGUUCGAUCCGGAUAGGUUUGCGCCGGAAAAUAAAUCUAAAAUGCACCCGUGUCAUUGGAUGCCGUUCGGAGAGGGCCCGCGCAAAUGUUUAGGUCUCCGCCAAGGCUACAUUCAAUCCAAGAUGGCGCUUGUUAAAAUAAUAAACAAGUACGAGCUAAUACUGGACAAGAGGACCCCAGUGCCUAUGAAGCUAAAAGCCUCUUCGCUGGCUUACGCAGCGAACGGAGGCGUUUGGCUCAAACUCAGGCAAAUCGCAGGACUGACAAAAUAAGUAGAGCAAUAAUAAACUAAAUAAAAUAACCCGUGACCGUAACUACGUGAAUUAGCAGUAGAUAUUUUAAAUGAUUAUUUUAUGGCAACUAAAUUACUCAAUAAAACCAAAAUAUUUAACAUUCGAGAACUAAAAUUGGACCAUUCUUCUUCAAAUAGAUAAAUGAUUAUGAAAAUCGCAGAUGUAGGUCGAGUUCGGUACUAUUUAUCAAACAUAGCUAAGACCAGUAAGACCACUCUUGAUUAACUUACACAAAAAAACUAUACCGGUUCUUUGAUCUUGAUGAAACGUAUAGUACCCCCCUUUUUGCGUUGGGGGUUAAAAAACAUUUAAUAAAAAUUAAAAGCUAUUUGAUGAAUGUCCGUUAAUCUGGUCAGUUAACAAUUCUGGACGUCCGGAUAUGUUUAUUUAUAGUUUAUUCUUGCUCUUACCAUUGUCUAACGUAUGUAUGCGAGAUAAAAUAAUUUGUCGUUUUAGUGAUGCCCCGCGGUGUUGACAGUUCAAAGACUCGUGCGUGACCUACGCUCAAAACACGUGCUGCAUGCGUAUUCAAAUGAACGAGUGGGAGUUUUACUCAACUCCAAAUAAGUCACUAUAUGCCUAGAUUACUACACUUCGCGAUAGUGCAACCUAUUUGGAAUUUUAGGUAAUCCGUAAUAGAUUUAAGUGUUUUGUAAGAUUUGAAUUUUUAACGCUGAUGCCAAAGAUUAAUAAAUGUGUUGAAUGUAACCAUAACGUAAUAACAUUUAACGAUUGUUACCUAAUUGAUAAAAUUUUAUUGCGAACUAUUGACGUAGUAUAUGUAUUAUAAAUAGAGUCCGAUUCGUUAUCAUAAAUAUUUAUAACUUCUCUUUUAAUGAAAAUAAGGAAAAUCUUUUAUGUUCAAAUAAAUAAAAUAUUCAAUACAUAUAUUUGAAGAUGUUUGUGUACCUACAUUAUAUUAUUUGUUUAAAAAAUGUCUCUACAAUAU